AAUCACUCGUAGAGGGAAAAAUCCCAGUAAAAGCAUUAAUAGAUACAUCGUCGAAGUUUAAUACUAUUAGCAAAAGCUUGUUCGAUAGGCUUGGAACGGAUCAUGGAAUAAGACCAACUUGUGAUCCGGUUAAAAACCUCUAUAAAGAUGUAAUAGGUGAAAUAAAUUGCUUAGAUUUACAAUUCCAAUAUAAAGGAACAUACCAUAGCUUGGAUAACACUGAUGUAAUAAACUUUGAGAUUCGUAAGAAUCCAACAUUUGAUCUGGUAUUGGGUCAGGGUUGGUUAUGGGCGCACGAAGUAAAGAUGUGUUUUAAUCCGAAUGCUAAAAUUGUAAUAGAUGGUAUGAGUAUUCCGUUAAUCGAUGAAGAUUUUAACAAAGUCAGCUCUAGUAAAAAUAACUCAUCUAAAUCAACGAAAUCUAAACCUGGUCUAGCUCAAGAGGAGGUUAUGAAUAUAAUCAACAAAAUUCUCUCAGGUGCCCAAGAUAUUAAACACCAAAAGAGCCAUCGCGGAAUAUUUCACAAUAUACCUCCCGCACCUCCAACACCCAGAAUAUUAAAUGACGAUGUUUCCAAAAAUAGCGGAGCUAGCAAUAUUAAGAAAUAUCCUAAAAUAGAUUUAGGUGAUGGGGGUGGAAAUCUUUCAAUCAAAACGCACCUCAAUAAUAUUUGGAAGUCGGUUCAUUCUAUAGAAAAUGAUAUAGAGUAUGGA